AUGUUUACGAAGAUCGAGGAUUCUCGCCCGACGAUUAGGAGCAAAGUUCAACGUCUGGAAGUUAGUAUUGUCGUUGCCUUAGCGACUUUCCACUCGAGUCCCGUGAUAGAUGCACCGACGGAAAUACACCUAGCCAGCAAUCUGAAGCGGGAAAAAGAGAAGACGAUUGCGCGAUAUUUGGAGAGCUUCUUGUCUCACAUUCGAGAUCCUCAGGGCGGGACUUCACAACAGAAUGAUCCCGGAAAAGAAAGUGACGUGACAAAGGAGAAUGCAACAGUGACUGAAUCGUCGAAGAAAGAAACUACGAGCGUGCAAAAUCAGCAGUCGAAUAAACUACGAGGCAUAGAAAACACCGUAGCUAUCAGACUGACAGCUUUUGAUCAUCCUGGAUCCUCGAAGUCGCCACAAUUUAACAAGAAACCUAUCUCGAAGCCUGGUCCUAGUAAAGUGAAAAGCACCCAAAGCAAAGCAACACAAAUGCGUCAAAAUUUAAGUACCCAAAGACUGCAGGAAAACGAAGACAUCGACGACGAUGACUCUUCUUUGGAUAUAGAGAAUGUUGGAAGGCCACAAAAAUACGUCCUAGUCGGAUGGGACAACUUUCGUUCUAAGCUGAUGAUCACUCUACUGAUUCUUUUCGUUUUAUGGGCAGUCAUCUAUUUUCCUCUGAUUAGAAUCUGAAAUUCGAUGCAAAAAUAAUAUUUCUAUAUCAUUCUAUAAACAUACUCUUCAGUGUAUUUUAAUAUAAAUAUACAAUCUAUAACAUAUGAUACACAUAUAUAAAGUGAAUUUCUAAAGUCUAACCAGAAAUAAAUAACUGGUUCAUAUUAGACGCAGACAUACAGGAUGUUAUUCGUUCAUAUGUAAUAGAGCAUUUCUUUAAAUGUUACUAAACGAUAUACUUGUUUGUCACGGACCGCGAUUAUCGGAAAACUCCGGAGUGUAAAUAUGUACAUACUGUCUCUACAAAUAAAGUAUCAUUUCUUCUAUUGAACGAUAAAUUCUUCAUUCCUAAACAUUAUCAUAUAAUUGUGUAAAUUUAUGAAAGUUUCCAAAGUUUAUUUUUCUAUAUUAUUAAAAUUUGCUACAACUUCAUUGUAACUAAAACUAGUCUAUGCUCAUUAGCUAACAGAUAUCGUACAGUGUCUCUCAAGCUCACAAGGCAAACUUGAGAUACUUUCUACAGCAGCCGCUCGCGUGUACCGACAGCGAGUAAAUCCAUUUUCGAUUUCCUAAUUUAACUCGAUUUCGAAUCGCCUGUUAUCUUCCGAACUUUGUUAACUCAUUCGUCAUCCGCUCUCAACAAACUGAUCGUCGUCGCUGUGUCAAUAAAUCUAAAUAACAAGAAGAUUCAUCAUCAACUGACUCAAUAGAAGUUUCAAUAGCAAGAUAGAACCAAUCAAAAGCACUGCAGAAUCUACAAACAAACAAGAUGGUUCAAAAGACGCUUUUCAAUCAGUUUGUAAAUGUCAAAACGAAAAGAUCAGUUACCAGCAGUCGAACGAAGGAUCGUGAAAUGGAACGCAGAGUCAAGAUCAGGGGCUGACAUCAUCCUUCCAAGAAGAUCGAUUCUUUUCAGUGUAAAAGACGCGGUGACUGUGCAACGACCUUAACUAGAGUCUUGCAGACGUGUCAAUGAGAGGCGGAGAAGGCAAGAGGAAAGUAUAAUCGGCUGGAAGUGGCUGAUUCCGGCGCCGUAAGGCUUCAGUUCGUCUUAAAACGCCCACGUAGCUCCUCGACGCUCUCGAUUCUAUUACGUUGGAAAACGAUCCUCAGGAUCGUUUCAAUCAACGGAGAAC